CUCUCUCUCUCUCUCUCUCUCUCUGUCGUUGGGGUCAGGCACGCCCUCACAUACAUCUAGCGUCGCUAACUGUCAAACAUGCGCGCUCAAUCAUCCAGCCCACUGCUAUGCACCACGACCAAACGGCAGUAAUCCUGGCCCUGCCAUGACGGGCCACCGCCAGCUACUAUGAAGUUUGCGCAUGACUUCAAGCAGACUCUCGCCAGUCAAGGCUUUCCCGCCCACUGGGUCAACCAGGCAAUCCCGUAUAGCCAGCUCAAGAAAUGUCUCAAGAAGGUGCAGCGGGAAUUGCAAGACCUCGGCCUUGACCCUGACACUUUGCGCACCCUUCUCGAUCCGAACACGGUGUCGCCGGUUGCCCUUGAGUACCGACUAAAGGUCGCCACCGAUUCCAAUGUUGUCCGACCCAAACUCACCGUCUACGUUCACAUGCAGGAUGGUGUCGCCGUUGAUGCGUCUCUGACUCCGACCUCGCGUCGCUUUUUUGAGCGCAUCGCUGCCGAGCUCCCUCUCGAUCGCUCACAGCAACAGCACCGGCUGGAGCAAGAAGUGGCCGUGCGCAAUGGCGAAGGACAACCCCAGAUCAAGGCCUCGGCCAAGCCUGCGACCGUUGAACCAUCCAACAGCCCCACAUCCUACGAGACGAUAGAAGUUCCCUUGGUCUUCGACAGCGAAUUCUUCGAUAUUUUGCAAAGCGACGUAAGCAACCUUGAGGCUCUGCAGACGGAGGAGAGAAGGAAGAUGACCGCAGAAAUUGUCGCACUUAGUGCCGAAGUCGCUCAAGUAUCUCAGCCCAACCGCUUUUCCAAAACCGAUAUGGCUCGCUGGCGGCGCAUAUUCGAGCUCUAUCUCGACGCUGAGGUUUUCUUCGCCACCCAUGAACGCGACCACGGGUCUAGACCAAGUCAGAGUGCUCUCCGGCAGCUGCAAUGGUUUCAGGGCGAAGUGGACAAGCGCCACCUCGCAACAGACUUUAAGCUUCGCGAAAGUCGAGCCGCAUUCUCAAGAUUUUUGAGCCUCAACGUCAGCCUGCUGAAAAACCUACAAUUUCAGGAGCUGAACAGGCUCGCCGUCUUCAAGAUCCUGAAGAAAUUUGAUAAGCGAACAUCGCUGGGUGUCUCGCAAACCUUCCCCAAUGCUAUACAGGCGGAAGGAGUGCUAGCGUCUGAUAUUGCCAAAGACGUAUGCGCCCAGAUGUCUUUGGAGCUAGUCUCUGUCGUGCCUCAGCUCAACGAUUUCUUGUGCCCUGUGUGCUUCUCGGUAGCAUACAGGCCAGUUCGGCUGGAUUGCCAGCACGUGUUUUGCAUACGUUGUAUCGUCAAGAUUCAGCGACGCCAAGAACGACACUGUCCGUUGUGUCGCGCUGACGUUGUCAUGAAUGCUUCGGCAGAUAACCUCGACCAUAAGCUAGAGAAAUACAUGAAGAAGUAUUUUUCGAAGGAAGUCAAAGAGAAGCAACGUGCCAACGAGAUUGAGCGGGGCAUCGAGGAUUACGGGCCAGGAUACACGCACCAGGAGUGCAUGAUUAUGUGAGUGUCGACUAGCCAGGGCGUCACCUGACAAGGAAAAUCCAAUCCACGAUCAAUUGAUGCCAUAUUCAUGUGGCGCUGUAUCAAAGGACAAACCAGUACCGCUAUCACGUAGCCUAUGAGUCACAAUAGCGAUUCGCAACGGCCUACGUGUCUGCUAGGGACUGAAGAGGGUCGACGGAUCAGGUCGUUCGAUCUCGCCGCGACUUGAUUUGAGAACGCUUCCUGAAGCAAUGGCCUCAAGCAUCGCGCGCGUUGCAAAAAUUGACCAUGCUGCAGACGUGCGGAUUAUAUCACUGAUAGCCAACGCCCCCUAUGCCGCC